AUGACGGAGAAAAUUGUACCCAAUUCGGUUGGCUGGUACAUUCUCGAAGGCCAUCCCUGGUGGCCCGUUUACAUUUGUGACGUCACCAAGCUACGUCCUGAAUUGCAUUUACUUGGUAACGGUCAUCGAAAAAUCCUUAAAAAAGCACGUGAUUUUCCAGCCCAUUACAUUGUCGUUUAUUAUUUUGGGUCCCAUGAUUUUUCUCUUGUUGGUCUCAAGAAAGGCGUGUUACGACCAUGGGAGUGUGCAGAAAAGAAUCAGUUUCUAAAAGGACAUCCCAAGCAUUUGGUCAAGAAAAAAGGCGUGAUUGAAGAGCUCCUGGACGCUGUACACGAGGCGGAAGAGUAUUUAUCUCAGCCAGAGGAUGUUCGUUUACCUCAAUAUAUGGUCCCAUCGGAUUUGGACCCGACAUUGGAACCACCACCGGAGCUUGUGCCAUUGGAAAUGGACGAAGAAGGAGAAAUGAUGGACGUGGACGAUGCAGAAGAAGGAGGAGAGGAGAAGGAAGAAGAGGAGGAAUUUGAAAUGGAAAAGAAGAAGAAAAUGAAGAAAAUGAAGAAAAUGGACGAGAAAAAACGGAAACGAAGUGGCGAGCUUACGAGUGCAUCAGCUGCAAAAGUUUCUAAACUGUCACAUGAAAGUCAAGUCAAAAGUGAACAUGGGACGGAGAAGAAAAAGGAAAGUAGUGAGAAGAAACCACCUCCAGCUGAGAUGACGACAGAAGCACUGAGCAUUUUGUUGGAAAAAGAAAUCCGCUGGAUUCUUGUGAAUUGUAUCUUUGAGGAAAUGACAACAAAGACAGUGAGAAAGUUGCUUGAAGAUCGUCUGAAGAUGGAUUUACGUCAUCAUAAAGCUUCGAUCAAAGAAGGUGUCGCACGGGUGAUCAUAUCCAUGGAAGAAGAGGAUGCAGGCGACUCUUCGUCGACAAUUCCGGAAGAAUUUACUGCUGCAUCGAUAGAGGAUGUAGUGCCGUCUGAUGUCAAGGUCGAGAACGAGACUGCUGUGCUUGUCACGCCUGAAGCCGUGGUGGAAAAAGUGGACGUUGCAGCUAAGGAAGAAGCUGCCCGUAUUGAAAACUUCGAAAGCACCAAGAAGGAACUAGAAGCAGCAUCAAAAAACCUGUCGUUGGCUUUAGAAUUAGAAUCGAAGAUCAUUGACGUUUUAAAUUCGCUGAAGAGUUUGGACAAUGUCGACGAAAACGUGCUGGCUGCGUCAACUCUCCAGCCUCGACUUGUGAAACUAAGAGCCCACCCGUCAUCAAAGAUCUGCGAGCUUGUGGGUUAUUUGGUGAAGAAGUGGGACGUCGAGGAGUUAGUUCCAGCACCCAAACCGAUCACGAAGAAAGAGAUUCUGGAUCUUAAGGCGAAGUUGGAGAACUCGGAAACAAUUCAUGACGAGUUAUUGAUGACCUUAAACCAGCUGGGCGAGAUGGCCGUGACCAUAGAUCAUUUAAAGAAAACGAGAAUUGCACGCGCAGUGUCCAAGUUACGCCAGCACGGCAAUGACAAAGUUUCUGCCAAGGCACACGAGCUUCGGCAAAAAUGGAUCAAACAGUUAAAUGAACAGCCCGCAGACAGUGAUUCGGGCUCAAAUCCACUCAAGACUCUCAAAACUCUGAACCGCAUCUUGGAACAGCAGAGUGAUGGCACAGACGAGCAGAAGCUUCAAAGUAAGCAGUUGGCUGCGCUUGAACAGCUUCAUAGCAUGUCGCUAGAUACAAAGGACAUUAUCGAUUCCAAGGUUGGCAUUCCUGUGUCCAAGCUACGCAAGUCGAGCAACGAAAAGGUAGCAAAAUUAGCAAAGAAGCUUCGAAAGAAGUGGCAAGCUGAAGCCAAGGCUUAG